AUGCGCUCAAUCUACCACCUCACAUGCCUAGCGCUCACGCUCGCGCUAUCCCUCGUCAACGCAGACCUAGACGACCCCCAACUCAUGUCCAACGUCUCCCUCCACACAGACAGCAACCCCAGCUUCUUCAGCGAUAACCCGCUCAAGCCCCGCGCCCUGGAAUGCAGCAUCGGCUACAGCGAAUGCGCCUACGAUACAUCCAAAUGCUGUCCGUUAGGCGACCGCUGCUGCGGGACCGGGUACUGCGCCGAGCCCGGCGAGACGUGCUGCACCGAGCGCGGGACGUGCGCGAGCGGGUAUAAGUGCUGUGCCGGGGCGCGCGGGUGUGCGCCGAUCGGCGGGGAGUGCUGCGAGGGCGGAUACUAUUGUCCUGCUGGCAAGAGGUGUCGGUUGUAUAAGGGGAGGAGUGUUUGCUGUGCGCCGUCCGGGUGUAUUGGGGAGAAUGCGGGUAUUGGGGACGGGGGUGGUGUUACGGUGCCGACUAUUUCGAUUACGGAGUCUGUGACUCGGACGAGGAUUGCUGUUGAGACUGUUUAUAAGUGGUAUACGAGUACGAUUUACUGGACUUACUGGUCUUUUUAUUGGACUUCUUUCUCGCCGUAUACUGUUAAGACGGUUACGUCGACUAUCAGGAGUACGUAUACUGUUUGGUCGGUUUAUGCGACGAAUGCUGCUGUUGCGACGUCCUCGCUUGCCGAUCAGUCUUCCAGUUAUAAUUACAAGCCGCCUUAUACCGCGACGUAUCUCAGUGCGUCCUCGACUCCGGUUACGUUGGCUGGGGGUCUUGCUGCGCCGACUGGCUCGCCUUCGUCGGAUGAUAACACUUCCGGGUCGGAUCCAGGUGGUCUGACUUCGCUUGGUUCUGUUGGUGCUGCGGCGAGUGUGAGGUUUAGUGGGACUGGGGUUGUGGCUGCUGUCUUGGUUGCUGCUAUUGGGGGACUGGCUUUUAGGCUGUAA